CCACACCCCUUGACUCAAAUCGCCAGGGUUCCCACAGGGACUGAGGGGGUAAGGAACCCGAAGUCCCAGGCCACCCCACAGCACAACCAGAUGCAGCCGCCCAGCCCAGUGACGUCCCCUGUCUUGGAGAAGCAGCCACCCAAACAGAUUUGCCCGGUUAUCGUGAUGCCUCUGCAUCCUCCACAGAGGGAUUUCUUUUUCCUCUCCAUCUUCUCCUUCCUCUUCUUCAUCCCACUGGCAAUUGCAGCCGUGUUGUUCUCUCUCAAGACCCGAGAUGCCAACAUUUUGGGGGACCAUAGAAAAGCAGAGAGGAGUUCCAGAAUGGCCUUGGGCUUCGCCAUCUCCAGCAUCGUGUUGGGCUCCAUCAUUAUCAUUUGCUACGUCACAAUCCAAGUCUGGACACAUAAAGGAUGAGACUGUACUGACAGCCUUCCUACCUCCGUGGGUAACAGACUCCCCGAGUCCUCCCGAAGCCUCUGAGCUUGGACUUCAGUAACUGCCUGUGUUGGACAAAGUCCCCCCACCCCCACCAGCAUUUUUUAGGAGCAAUAAAGUUUAUGAGGAGG